UUUUUUUCCUGGGCUUUUCCUGCCUAGACUAUUUUCUCCAAUAAUUUUUAUCUGGUUUAAGCCAAAUAUUAUUGUUCUCUUUAGAAACUUUCACUCACAAGUGUUUAUGAUCACACUCUUGUAGGUACCACCAUACCAGGACAAUGGAAGGUGGACUUCCCAUGCUCAACUGUCUUUUACAACAGACACUAAGAAGCCUUUGUUCAUUUAAUUCAGAUUCUUAUUCUUCUAGAUGGGUUUAUGCAGUCUUCUGGAGAAUCUUGCCUCGAAAUUAUCCUCCUCCAGAGUGGGAUCAUGGAGAUGGUUCACUUGAACGCGCCAAGGGAAACAAAAGGAAUUGGAUUCUUGUUUGGGAAGAUGGUUUCUGCGAUUUUUCUGAAUGUGAAAGGGCUGGUAAUGGAUAUCUGGAUGGUAGGUUUGGAGCUGAUGUUUACUUCAAAAUGUCUCAUGAAGUCUACAACUAUGGAGAAGGUUUGAUUGGAAAGGUUGCUGCAGAUAACAGUCACAAAUGGGUAUUUAAUGAUUCUCCAAAUGUGAAUGAUCCUAGUUUUACAUCGUCGUGGAAUGUUUCCCUUGAUCUUCAACCAAGAGCAUGGGAUCUUCAGUUCAAUACUGGAAUUCAGACAAUUGCAGUCAUAUCUGUCAGAGAAGGUAUAAUUCAACUGGGAUCAUUAGACAAGAUUGUCGAAGAUCUCAAUCUUGUCAUAAGCAUACAACGAAAAUUCAGCUACAUUCAGAGCAUACCAGGCAUAUAUGCCAUGCAAAGGCCAUACCUACCAAUUAAACAUCCGUACACCUUCAAGCCUAACAAUCCACAUAUAGUGACUGAAUCAAAUGAAGCAGAAUUCUGUAUCAAAGAGAAGCACUAUUUAAGUAGAAUGAAAAUGUUGCAGUAUGAAAGGCAACAUGAUCAGUCUUCUAACAACUCUACAUACUUGAGCUAUAUCAGUCCACCUAAUGGCACUGUUCGAUCAUCACCACCCCUUUGGUCGAUCCCACCUCUCUUGCCUUCCAGUUCCUGCAAUUUCAGAGCUCUUUCAUCAAAGUUACCUUCCAUUUCACCUUUAUACAAUGCCACUGCAGGAUUAGAAUAUAAAAGCAAUGGUGAUAAUAAUGCAAGCCAGAAUGUCAGAUUUGAUGAAUGUGGUAGGCCUACUGAAGUUCGAAGCUGUCUGAAAGUGGAGCCAUCUUAUGCUAUGGAUCAGAUGGCUGCUCAUCAAGAGACUACCAAUUUCUUAAACCAUAAUCUGCAAUUAACAGACGUUAUCGCAGCAGAAUCAGGGUUUAUAGGACCUACAAGUGCAUCUAAAGUACCCUGAAUCUUAAUUAAUCAGUGAAAUUCGACUGCAUUUAUUGGCUUCUACCAGCUUGGUAUGUUGGCUGGUGGCCCAACAAAUUUAUGUUCUGAUGUACAAACCUGUAUUCAUACAAUAAUAUGAUCAAUAAAUUCUGUUGUACUAUAAU